GCAGCUCCAUUCAGCCUUCCAUGCAGCCACUGACCAUGGCUUUGCAGCUCCUGCUGCUCCAUUCGGCCUUCCUUAGGCUCAGCUCCCGGGGACCCUUGGUCCAAGGGCGUGGCUUUCGCUCGCCAACAGUUGCCUGGCCAUCCUUCUUCGACUUCAGCUGGCCCCAGGAGGUUCAGGAAACCAUCCAGAUUCCAAACAAUGGGAGUGCACCCCUGCUGGUGGAUGUGCAAGUGUUCGUGUCCAAUGUAUUUAACGUGGACAUCCUGAGGUACACAGUGUCCUCCACGCUGCUGCUUCGGCUGUCCUGGCUGGACACUCGCUUGGCCUGGAACACAAGUGUCCACCCACGGCAUGCGGUCACACUGCCCUGGGACUCACUCUGGACUCCGGGACUCACUGUUCAGGAGGCGCUUUGGGUGGACUGGCAGGACCAGAGCCCGCGGGCCCGAGUGGACCCCGAUGGACAUGUCGACCUGUAUUUGGCCCUCACCACGGAGACCAACUGCGACUUUGAACUCCUCCACUUCCCCAGGGACCAGAGUGACUGCAACCUCAGCUUCUAUGCUCUCAGCAACACUGUGCUAGAGCUGGAGUUCCGGGCCCACGCAGUGAACGAGAUCGUGAGUGUCAAGAGGGAAUACGUCGUUCGGGACUUGAAGACCCAGGUCCCACCCCAGCAGCUGGUGCCCUGCUUCCAGGUGACGUUGCGCCUGCAGAACACAGCGCUGAAGGCCAUCAUAGCUCUGCUGGUCCCUGGGGAGGCGCUGCUGUUGGCGGACAUGUGUGGGGGGCUGCUGCCCCUCCGGGCCACCGAGCGCAUCGCCUACAAGGUGACCCUGCUCCUGGGCUACCUUGUCUUCCACUCCUCCCUGGUGCAGGCCCUGCCCAGCUCCUCCUCCUGCAACCCGCUGCUCAUUUACUACUUCACUGUGCUGCUGCUGCUGCUUUUCACCAGCACCAUGGAGACCGUGCUGCUGGCUGCGCUGCUGGCCCGGGGCAACCACAGAGCCCAGAGCAGCCCUGGCCCAGCCCCGAGAGGGGAGGACCCAGGGCCACAUCCUGAAGAAGCUCCUGGAGUGAACGGGCCGAGGAGGAGCUGGCCCGAGGCCGCGGACCGCAUCUUCUUCCUGGCCUAUGUGGUGGGCGUAGCGUGUAGCCAAUUCUCCUUCAUUGGAUUCUGGAUGUGGGCGACGUGCAAGUCUGAGCCAGCCCCUGGCGAGGUCAUACCCCAUGGCGGGCAGCCCAGGCUGUAACAGGGCCGGCCCGGGGCUGCAGGGGGAGGGUCAUGACAGGGUCUCUGGAGAGAGGGGGGGAAGGAUGACUCUCUCCCCUAAGCCCGGAGGAUGCCAGGCCACCCCGAGUUCUUCCUUCUGAUCGCAGGCAAGCAGAGUGUGAAAUAAACCCGU